UAAAAAAAAUAUAAACAAAAUUGGCAUGACUUUGUGCUCAAACUCCUCUCAUUGGAAACGAAGCAUUCGAUCUUGUUUUUAUGCAGUACACGAACCAACAACCAAAACUGAAAGAAAAAAAAUCCAACCAAUCACCUUGUAUCUUUCUUCAUCGUCACUCACUCGUGCACUCAUUCAUUUUUCGUGCGCGAGUGAUACGAAAUAUAGAUAAUAGAGAAAAAUAAAGGAUCGUGUGAAUUUUUAUCAAUUGAAUUGUGAUCUAUCUAUCUAAUAAUGGGAGCAGCAGGGAGUGGUGAUAUAUGGAAAGCACACACCGCAAUGGCAGUGGUGCAGUUAUUCACCGGAGGUUAUCAUGUUAUUACCAAAUUAGCCCUUAAUGUUGGUGUUAACCAAAUCGUCUUUUGUGUUUUUCGCGAUCUCCUCGCUCUCUCCAUUCUCGCUCCCAUCGCUUUUUUCCGUGAAAGACGUACACGGCCACCCCUAACCAAACGCUUCAUAACAUCAUUCUUCUUUCUUGGAUUAACUGGGAUAUUUGGAAAUCAUCUUUUGUUUCUUAUUGGUUUAAGCUAUACUAAUCCAACUUAUGCUGCUGCAAUUCAGCCAGCUACUCCAGUUUUUACAUUUGUGUUGGCUAUAAUGAUGGGUACAGAAAGAGUGAACUUGCUAAGAUAUGAAGGUUUGGCCAAGGUUGGAGGAAUUUUUGUCUGUGUUAUGGGUGCCUUAUUGAUGGUUUUGUACCGUGGUCCGGCACUGAUAGGAUAUACAGAAAUGGACCCUGUAUCACACAGUGAAAUAAGUGCCAGAGGUCAACCAGAGCCUUCUGGAUGGUUAGUUGGUUGUUUAAUGGAUCUUGGAUUAGACCAUUUUCAUCUUGGGGUUUUGUGCUUCAUUGGGAACUGCAUGUGCAUGGCUGCUUUUCUAUCCAUUCAGGCUCCAUUAUUAAAAAAGUAUCCUGCAAACCUGUCUGUCACAGCAUAUUCAUACUUCUUUGGAGCUUUACUGAUGGUAACUACUUCAUACUUCGUGACCGAUGAGUCAACUGAUUGGAGUUUGACACAAUCUGAAACACUUGCCGUUUUAUAUGCUGGAAUUAUUGCAUCAGCACUUAAUUAUGGAAUCAUUACAUGGAGUAACAAGAUCUUAGGUCCAGCCAUGGUUGCCCUGUAUAAUCCACUUCAACCUGGAGCUUCUGCUCUCCUUUCUAGAAUUUUUAUUGGAAGUCCAAUUUACAUGGGAAGCGUCGUAGGUGGAUCUCUAAUAAUUACUGGUCUGUAUGCGGUUACUUGGGCAUCCUAUAGAGAAAGACAAGCAGCUGCUGGAGUUAUUCCACAUCAUGCCUCUACUUGGGUCUCUGAAUCACUUAACAAGAGUUCCUUUCAUAGAGUUAACAUUUUCUCAUCCCCAAAGCCUUCGGAUUGAAGAAAUGAAAUUCUGGAAUGCCAGUGUAAAAAAAUGUGUCAUAAUUCUUUCUUCUCUCAUCUAUGUCCUACCCUAUUUAUACGUAAAGCUGUUUAGAAGAACUAAAAUUAAGAGCAUUUACACAAAUUUUGUAGAAAAUAUUUACAAAUUCGACAAGGUUAUCAGUUACCUAUGUUGAAACUCUCCUAAAAUCACUUUUAGACGUCAAAAGAGCAUAAAAUGGCUAUUUUGAUUGUAUUUUUUAA